AGGUGCGCGCCGGGGCAGGGAACAUGGAUUUGGUGCGCCUCUGGCUAGGACUGCUGCUGCCUUUGGCAGCGGCGCUGGAUUUCGGCUACCACCAUCAGCAGGAGAUGGAAGCGUUCUUGAAGUCGGUUGCCCGGGACUACAGUUCGAUCACGCACUUACACAGUAUCGGGAAAUCGGUGGAAGGCAGAAACCUGUGGGUUCUUGUUGUGGGUCGGUUUCCAAAGGAACACAGAAUUGGGAUUCCAGAGUUCAAGUACGUGGCAAAUAUGCACGGAGAUGAGACUGUAGGGAGAGAACUGUUGCUCCAUUUAAUUGAGUAUCUUGUAACCAAUGAUGGAAAGGACCCUGAAAUCACACAGUUAAUCAAUAGUACCCGGAUACACAUCUUGCCUUCAAUGAAUCCAGAUGGAUUCGAAGCUGUCAGAAUACCCGAUUGUUACUACAGCGAUGGACGGGAGAACAGUAACAACUAUGACCUGAAUAGAAACUUCCCAGAUGCUUUUGAGUUUAAUAAUGUAACAACUCAGCCUGAAACUGCAGCGAUCCAGGAGUGGCUGAAAACAGAGACAUUUGUCCUCUCUGCAAACCUCCAUGGUGGCGCCCAGGUGGCCAGUUACCCAUUCGACAAUGGGGUUCCAGAAACUGGGACAUCACACUUUCGAAGCUUAACCCCAGAUGAUGAUGUGUUUCAAUAUCUUGCCUAUACAUAUGCUUCAAAUAAUCCCAGCAUGAAGAAUGAAGAUUCGUGCAAAAAUCAAAUUAAAUCUCCAAAUGGAAUCAUAAAUGGGUACUCUUGGUACCCACUGAAAGGUGGAAUGCAAGAUUACAACUACAUCUGGGCCCAGUGUUUUGAAAUUACAUUGGAGCUGUCAUGCUGUAAAUAUCCUCCUGAGGAGAAGCUUCCAUCCUUCUGGAAUGAUAACAAAGUCUCGUUAAUCACAUACAUCAAACAGGUGCACUUAGGUGUAAAGGGUCAAGUUUUUGAUCAGGAUAAAAAGCCAUUACCCAACGUAAUUGUAGAAGUACAAGAUAAAAAACACAUCUGUCCCUAUAGAACCAAUGAAUUUGGAGAGUAUUACCUUCUUUUAUUGCCUGGCUCCUAUACAAUAAAUGUUACAGUCCCUGGAUACAAUCCACACUUCACAAAGGUGACUAUUCCCCAAAACUCUCAUAAAUUCAGUGCUCUUAAAAAGGAUAUUUCACUUCCACUCCGAGGACAGUUGUAUUCUAUCCCAGUAUCAAAUCCUUCGUGUCCUGUGAUCCCGCUCUACAGCAAUUUGCCAAGCCACUCAGCUGCAACAAAGUCUAGUCUGUUCUUAUUAGUACUGAAUCUCUGUCACAUAUUUCUCAAGUAAAACAACAUGUGAAACUCAACUCCUAACACGACCUGGAAUCAGGGAUUACUCACACCAGGUUACUGCAACUCUAACUCCCUCUGUGGGACCUCAACUGGUUCCAGUCCACAGUCCUGCCCUAAGAAAAGAAAUGGUGGUUUCCAAGGCCUACAUCAAGCCACGUGCAGUGAAACGAAGAAUGAUUUGGUCGUGAUGAUGUACAGAAGGUACCUCACUGCCCACCGCUACUAUAUCUUGAAGUCAUCUUAUAACUUUGUACGAGGUUGAACUUGAGAAGCAAAAGAGGUUCCUGAAAGAAAAUUAAAAGGAGCUGGUUUUGAAUCUAGAGCCAAAUGAACAUAAGUAAUGCAACUGAGCAUUUACUGAUCACCUGACUUUGAGUGCUCUCGUUUUCCUUAUGUUCUUUGAGAGAACCAACGACCAUGACUCAGUGGCCCAAGAAAAUACGAUCCUCAUGGGAUCCCAAGAGUUUACAAAGAGCCUCAAAACAACAGAUGAGUCAAGUGUCCUUACCCUUCUGCACACAGAUUUCACAGUCCUGUCCUGCAGAUAACCCCUGAAAUAUGUAACUAUCCCUUACCUGAGCUCCCAAUCGCAGCUAACUACCACUGGGCAUAUCCCCCGGUGGAACUCACAGGUGUCUCAAAACCCUGU